AUGAACGCCGUGUACAUCAUCAAGGAAGGGACUCAUGCUGAUCUGAUCGUACGUAACGGAAUUAACGCCAAUCUAGUGACCUUGCGAAACAUCCACGCCGUUAAAGAGGGUGAGGCACCCUCUCUCACCAGCACUGCCGUCGAGUCCUCGGCCGCCUCGAUCAGCAUCGAGAAGCAUGGUGGUGACUCGGUGGAUCUUGCUCAGUCCAUCAAGGCAGAAACAGACGAUAAUGAAUCCGAGAAACCUUCGACAUCCAAGAAGAAGGUCCGUCCGGGGACAAGGGACAAGGACGUUGAGGCCCUCGCCGAGUCCAAGGCCCACCCAUCCCCAGGCCGAGGCGGCGUGUCCGUUUCUUUGAAGGGCUUCUGCGGCCUCGCCGGGCCCUCGGGCGCCUGGAAAUCCACCAUUAUGGCCCUCGUCCAACGCAUGUACAAGCGGGGCGCCGGCACGAUCGAGAUCGACGGCGUCGACAUCGCCGCGCUCGAAGCCACCAGCUUCCGCGACGACAGUGUGCUUCAACGUCGACUUCAGCGCGAUGGAACAGAUGCUCGGUCACUGACGGUGCCGCGUUCCCGUGUCGCCUGCCCCGCGGCUUCAGGGCCCCUGGUCCCCGUGAUAAAAGUAAUGUAA